AAAAGAAAAUAUUCCAUUUAAUUCAAAUGGGAUAAGAUAAUAGAAUAAUAGUUUCUCUCUCUUAUUCUGCUGAUGUAUAAAGCAUACUUGUUUUGUCCAAAAUCCAGCCAACCAGGUACAAAUUAAAGAAAAAAUCUCUCUUUUUCUCUCUGAUUUCUUCAACAAUCAACAGAGAAAACAAUCAAGAAGAGAAAUGGCGGCUGAGCAGUUGACGGAGGAUCAGAUCUCUGAAUUCAAGGAGGCAUUCAGCCUAUUUGACAAGGAUGGCGAUGGUUGCAUUACGACCAAGGAGCUAGGAACUGUAAUGAGAUCUCUGGGACAGAAUCCAACGGAGGCCGAUCUCCAGGAUAUGAUUAACGAGGUGGAUGCUGACGGUAACGGAACCAUUGAUUUCCCGGAAUUUUUGAACCUUAUGGCGAGGAAGAUGAAGGACACCGACUCUGAAGAGGAACUGAAGGAGGCAUUCCGUGUUUUUGACAAGGACCAGAACGGGUUUAUCUCUGCUGCUGAGCUGCGCCACGUCAUGACAAACCUUGGCGAGAAGCUGACGGAUGAGGAAGUUGAUGAAAUGGUUAGAGAGGCCGAUGUUGAUGGUGACGGACAAAUCAAUUAUGAAGAGUUCGUCAAGAUUAUGAUGGCCAAGUGAUUUUCUACCUUAACCAAAUCUUAAUUCUAUGAAUGUAAAAAUAAUGGAUAGUGUAAUAGUGUAUUGGGUUUCUAGUUUCCUUUUUCGUCAUCCUAUUAAUAAUGUAAUGCUCUGUAUGUGAUGGAGGUUCAUCUUUAUAUAUUUUGGGUCGUGUUUUUGUUAAA